AUGGAUUUUGUUCGUAAAGGGAAGCUUUGUGAUAAUUGUUUGCGAAGGAAUCAUCUGGCGAAAAGACGUAGAUUUAAUCCCGCCUGUAUGAUAAGUGGUUGUGGAAGGAAACAUCACUCCCUUUUGCACCCCCCAUCGAAAUCAGAAAAUGAAUCCAGUAAAGGUCCUAACGAUCCAGGAAGAAGUGAAGAAUCCCCUCAUGGCAACGAGGCCGGUAGUUCUGGAAACUGUUCUGCUACCGCAAACAGACGUCAGAAGGUGAGCCUCAGGAUUGUUCCCGUGAAAGUGAAGAACGAGGAUGGAACUCGUGAAAUAGAAACUUACGCAUUUAUUGACAACGGUUCCGACACGACAUUGUGUUCGAAGGAUUUAGUACAUGAACUUAAUCUAUCAAGUAAACCUUGUGAAUUCACUUUAACCACAGUCAAUGGACUAGAUAAGUCAAGGAAUGGUCAAGAAGUAAAGUUAAACAUUCAGAGUUUAAAUGGUGAAGGUAGCAUUCAGGUAGAUCGUGUCUGGACUGUCGAAAGCCUACCAAUAUCUGAACAGUGUAUUCCAACAGUUGAAGAGAUCAACCGUUGGUCACAUUUGAGCGACAUAGAAUUUCCAAAGUUGGAAAACGCUAAAGUUACUAUUUUGAUUGGAAGUGACGUGCCCGAAGCUCACUGGAUUUUUGAAGAAAGACGUGGUAGACCAAGAGAGCCAUUAGCUGCACGAAAAUUACUUGGAUGGACAUUAUUGGGCCCAGUUGGAAGUGUUUCUCGACAGGAAGUUAAUGUCAACUUUAUACAUACGAAUCAAGAAAUGAUAACUUCCCAGCUACAGCGGUUGUACAAUGCGGAGUUCACUGAGACGUCGUGCUCAACAGAUAUGACGAUGUCAGUCGAAGAUCGUCGAGCACUGGCCAUAAUGGAAAACACCGUUCGUAAAGUUGAUGGUCAUUAUCAAAUCGCGUUAACUUGGCGGUAUCAGUCACCUUGUCUUCAAAACAACAGAUCGAUGGCCGAGAGAAGACUACGCUUGUUACAGAAUCCCUUGAAGAAAGAUGAAUCACUCCGCGUGUAGUACAGAGACGUGAUCAAUGAUUACAUAAAAAGAGGUCACGCUAGAAAAGUUCCUGUCAACAUUAAUGACGAUUCAAAAGAAAAGCCAGUCUGGUAUCUUCUGCACCACCCUGUGGUCAAGCCAGAUAAACUGAGGGUUGUAUUCGAUUGUUCAGCGCGUUACAAAGGAACAUCUCUCAAUGACCAGUUGCUGAGCGGUCCUGAUCUGACGAAUUCACUGGUAGGUGUUCUCAUACGAUUUCGCCAAGAACCGGUAGCAGUAAUGUCUGACAUCAAACAGAUGUUCCACCAGGUUAAAGUGGACCCCAAAGAUAACGAUGCUUUCCGCUUUCUGUGGUGGCCAGACGGUGAUUUAUCCAAGGAACCGCAAGAUUAUCAAAUGCUGGUACAUCUGUUUGGUGCAACCUCCUCUCCAAGUUGCGCGAGUUAUGCACUUAAGAAGACCGCAACUGAUAACCAAGGUGAAUUUGACAUCCAGAUGAUUGACACUUUAAAUCGUAACUUUUAUGUUGACGAUUGUCUCAAGUCGGUACCAUCAGUCGAGAACGCUUUAACUAUUGUACAAGAACUUCCCAAGUUAUUGGAGAAAGGUGGGUUCCAUCUUACAAAGUGGAUUUCGAAUCGCCGGGAAGUAAUGAGCGUUAUCCCAGAAAAAGAAAGAGCUUCAACUAUUGUGGACUUAGAUUUGGAUAAGCUACCCGUAGAUCGUGCUUUGGGAGUACGAUGGGAUGUUGAGAGAGACAAGUUUGGGUUUAAAGUCACUAGUCAAGGUUCAUUGGAUACAAGAAGAAAAGUUUUGUCGUUUGUAUCCUCGAUCUAUGAUCCUCCUGGGAUUGUGGCUCCUUUGCUUCUGCCGGACAAGAAAUUUUUACAGGAGUUAUGCAAGCUUCAAUUUGGAUGGGACGACUUAAUUCCGCAAGAGAAUUUCCCUAUUUGGAAGCAGUGGCUUAAAUACCUAUCGAAUAUCGAGAAUCUCACGGUGUCGCGUUGUUUAAAGCCUGAGAACUUUGGAAACCUUCGUUCUGCUCAGUUACAUCAUUUCUCGGAUGCAUCAGAAGAUGGUUAUGGAGCUGCUUCAUAUCUUAGACUGGAAAACAUAUCCGGGAACAUUCAUUGUGCUCUUCUCUUGGGAAAGUCGCGAGUCGCGCCUUUGAAAACCAUUACAAUUCCUAGAAUGGAACUAACGGCUGCAACAGUAGCUAUAAAUCUGCAUAAGUUGCUUUCGAAAGAAUUGGAGAUUUUUAUUCAUCAAACGGUAUUUUGGACAGACUCUACGAUUGUCAUUCAGUAUAUCCGUAACGAAGCCAGAAGAUUUCAGACAUUCGUGGCAAAUCGCUUGUCAUUGAUCCAUGAAGUAUCGUUGCCAAUGCAGUGGAGAUAUGUUCCAUCAGAGUUAAACCGGCCCAGCUGACCAUGCCUCUUGUGGUAUAAAGGCAACAGAUACAGACUAUCUAGAUCGUUGGUUAAAUAGUCCUUCGUUUUUGUGGACGAAUGAAUGCUACUGGCCACAACAACUAACAGAUCUCAUAGAGCUGGCUGGAGAUGACAAAGAAAUAAACCAAUCACACCAUGUUCAUACUGUUAGUAG